AUGUCUUACUCACAGGCAUCUCAGUCCCAGUACUCCUUCUACGCCGAUUCAGAUCUAGGUCUGAAUCCCGACAUACUUCAUUCCGAUGACAUAUCCGCUCUUAUUAGCAGCCAGACUGUAUUGACAUCUGUGUCGCAAGUUUCAUCUCUAACUGCACCUCUCUCGCUUCCUCGUGUUGGCCCCCCUCUUCAGCAGUACUGGGUCCUCUAUUCCUCUAAGCCUAGUCGGGAGAUGGAUGAAUCCCGGAAGAGCUUUGUAACUUGGUGGCUAAACACAGAGUUUGGAUCAAAGCCAGAUAUACAAGACUCUAUCCGUUGGGAUGGAAAAAAGACGUCUAAUAUAUGGGAUAACUUCAAUCAAGUUGCACAUGAAAAGACUGGCAAGCCAAAAGUUAUGUGUACAACAUGUCUCUGUACCCUUGUUCAUCCAAGAUUCCGCCGUGCUGGUUCAUCGCCAAUGAAUGCACAUAUCAAGGCAGGCUCCUGUACUCGGAAGCCUGUCCAGAAGAUUGAUCAGAUGCUCAAACAAAUGCCGACUUUCCCACAAAACCCAUCCUUCUCCCAGGAGCGUCUAGCAAAAGCGAUACUAGACUUUAUCUCUACCGCUCACCUACCUUUCCGAAUCAUUGAGCAUACCCAAUUCAAGGAUCUAGUAGAGGUUAUCCAACAAGCCCCGAGCAAGGUCAAUAUCCCAUCUGCGCGAAGUAUGCGGCGUUAUCUCGACUCCACAGUCAAAAGCAGCCAAAAAGAGAUUCUUAGAAGGCUUCCAGAUAGGAGUCGCCUUUCAAUAGCCCUUGAUUGCUGGACGUCGCCAUUCCAGCAAGCAUUUAUGGCUGUCACAGGUUAUUUCCUUGAUCAAGAUUGGAAUUACUGUGAAGUUCUUCUUGGAUUUGAGCAUCUUCACGGAUCACAUACGGGUGAGAAUCUAAGUAAGACCGUGAUUCAGCUUCUGACUGAUCAUGAAAUCACCGACCGCGUAUUAUCCGUGACCACAGAUAAUGCAACUAAUAAUAACACCCUGAUGAUGAAUAUCCAAGAGACAAUUCAGUCACAAAGCCGAUCGGAUACGUUGAUCUUCCGAGUUCCAUGUAUUGCGCAUGUGAUCCAGUUAAGCUUGAAUGAGCUUCUUGGGAAGCUGAAAGUGACGCCACCGAAUAAAGAGAUUGAGCUGGAGUGGUCUGAUGAACGAACCCAUUCAUUUCAGACUAAACAAUCUAGCUCAACUAGACAAAUUGCGGAUACUCUAAAAAAGAUCCGAGGUCUUGCUGUGUUUAUUAAUGCAAGCCCACAACGCCGGGAGGCAUUUAUGGCCCUGCAAACUAAGGAGCCUCGUUUGAUCCCUAUCCAAGAUGUCCAAACCCGAUGGAACUCAACCUUUAUGAUGCUUAACCGUGCUAAAAGGCUACAACCAUUUUAUGAUCAGUAUUGUACACAUCAUCAAUAUCUCCACUUCAAACUUGAUCAAGAAGAGUGGCGACAGAUUGAAUAUCUUCUUCUUCUUACCAAGCCUUUCUUUGACUUCACUACUAUGCUAUCAAAGACUAGGGAUGUUACUACACAUAACAUCUAUAGUAUUUAUAACAAGCUUUUCUCUCACCUUGAUGAAGCUGAGAGAAAAUUGAAGAAUAAAGGGGUUAUCUGGAAGAAGAGUAUGCUCCAGGCUCUUCAGACUGCAAAGAAGAAGCUAUCAAAGUAUUACACUGCUACUGAUCAUGAAUCGUACGGUGAAAUAUAUGCACUUGCAACGAUCCUUUGCCCAUCAAAAAAGCUUCGAUAUUUUGCAUCAACAGACUGGCAAGGUGAAAUUGACUACGUCAAACACUACCAUGGAGUCCUUAAGCGAGAGUUUCAUCGAUAUAAAGAUAUGCUUCAUCAUGAUUCAGAUACUAUGGUCGUGCAAGAUGCCACUGGAGAGGCCCGAGAUGACGACUAUUAUGAUCUUGAUACCGCUUGCGCUUCUCAGAACCAGCCACAGGAUAAGCUCUCAAAGCCUGAAGAUGAUGAGAUUGCGAGGUAUCUUGCCCGCGGGAUUGAGAGACAAAAGCCCCGAGCAUUCUGGAAAGAGCAUGAGAACGAGUUUCCUAUUCUUGCAAGAAUGGCACGGGAUAUUCUUUCUAUCCCAGCUAGUGGUGCAGGCGUUGAGCGAUUAUUCAAUUGCGCUCGCGAUAUCUGCCACUAUCGUCGUGGCCAAUUGAAACCAAGUACGAUCCGAGGAUUGAUGCUUCAUCAGCUCGCCACUAAAUUUGAAGUUGAGCAGAAGGAGUUUGAGGUUAUAAAGGAGCAUCUUUCCGCCGGAGAAGCUGUAUUGUUAGAUCAAGCUCGGAAACCAAUACCCCAGCUUGAAACUGUCGAGCCUAUUAGUGAUAAUGAAGAGGAGGAACAAGAGCUAGGCAUUGAGGAUACACAACGGAUAGAAAGCUACGAUGAGAACUCAGAAGACGGGAAGACUGAUAAUCGAAGUAAGCAACUACAGCUUAAACGAUCAAGGAAACGAUUAUCCGAGGCUUCCGAUGACGAUGACGAUGGCCUUCCAGAAAUGCUAAUAGAUGAGGGCAUACAAGGACGGUCGGGGCGGAUUCGGAAGCAACCAAGAUUACCUGAUGGAUUUCAGUUUGAUCUCAGAUAG